CUUCGUUGCCGCUUCCUCAUCCUCGCCCUCACCGUCGCCCGCACCUCGUCGUCCCUGCUCGCCAGCAUACACGCUCCUUCACCUCGACUUGCGUGGGAGAGAGUGACGACGAGAGCCAUUGGCCCCUACCCGCCAACAUGGACAUCACCCGCCCAAUCUCGUCGACAAUCGAGGGGACGAGCUUCUCGCUCCUCUCGACAAAGGAGAUUCGGGCCAUGUCUGUCAAGCAGAUUACCAACCCGGUCCUCCUUGAUGGUACACAGACCCCCACAGCUGGAGGACUGUACGACCCUGCAUUCGGUCCGAUGAAGAAGGAUGACAUUUGUACCACCUGCCGGCUCAAUCACUUUCAAUGUCCUGGCCACUUUGGUCAUAUCGAGCUCCCGCAACCCGUCUUCCACCCUCUCUUCAUGACGCACGGCUACAACUUGUUGCGUGGGACUUGCCUCUUCUGCCAUCGAUUCAAGAUUCCGCCAUUCCAGAUGAUCCUGUACAUCGCCAAGCUGCGCCUUCUCGAGUACGGCCUCGUCCAAGAAGCGGAUGACAUUGGCCAGGAGUCACUACUCGGCCAGUCCAACUUUGCCGACAAUGAGAACGCUCAGCUGUCCAACGCUCAGCCCAAUGGCGCUGACGCAGCAGACGGCGAUGGUCAAAUCGAUGUGCAAGCCAUGGCAGAUCAGCAGCUUGAGUCCAUUGAUGAAUUCCGCAAGCGCAUCGACGGCAUCGUCGGCACGCACAUCUAUCACGCAACAAGAAGAGGAGUUCGACGAGGCCAGGCGCAUGGCCAGCUAGCAUACGCCGCCAGGAAGGCAGUCAUUGCUGAGUUCUUGAAGGCCGUCAUCACGCAGAGAAAGUGUCGCGCAUGUCAGGCUGUCAGCCCCACGUUGCGAAAGGAUGGCUUUAUCAAGAUCGUCGAGGGCGAUCUCAGCCCAAAGGACAAGGCGCUGCACGCUGUUCUCGGCAUCACGAGGCCAGACGUCAUUGGUGGCUCCUCUUUCCAAGACGCUAGCGAUGCUCAGGAGCACCAGCCCAUCGACAAGGCGGGACUCAAGGAGGCAAGCAAGGCCAGCAAGGUAGCGGGUGGCUCAACGCGUGUCAUGCCACCAGUCGAGUGCAGAGGAAACCUGCGACGCCUCUUUGAGCGAGAGUCGACCAUCUGCUCCCUCAUCUUCGGGCGUCGAGGAGUCUUUGAGAGCGGCAGAUCAGAUCGUAUCCUCGGCGAUGUGACAGAGUCAUCCUCAUCAUCCACCAACCCCUUUGAGACGCCCAAUGGAGCGAGCGCAGACGCUUUCUUCAUGGACGUCAUCUCAGUCGCUCCUACUCGCUUCCGUCCUGCCUCCGUCAUGGGCGAUUCCACCUUUGAGAACCCGCAGAACUCGCUCCUAACCAACAUUUUGAAGGCAUGCAUCAAGGUGCGAGAACUCAAUGCUGCCCUCGACGAGCUCAAGGUCAAGCACAACGCUCUGGGCGAGAACGGCGAGAUGGACGAGGACGAGGUUAUGCGGGCGCAAAAGGAAUGGGGCGCCAAGCGUCGCGAAGGGUUCGACCGCCUCUUCUCGGCCAUGUUCCAGCUGCAGGUAGAGGUCAACUCUUUCAUCGACUCGAGCAAGAACCCCUCUCCCGAGUCGCAAGGUCGCCUCAACCCUCCAGGUGUCAAGCAGGCACUUGAGAAGAAGGAGGGCUUGUUCCGCAAGCACAUGAUGGGCAAGCGUGUCAACUUUGCCGCUCGAUCCGUCAUCUCGCCCGACGUCAACAUCGAGACAAACGAGAUCGGUGUCCCGCCCGUCUUUGCAAAGAAGCUCACCUACCCAGAGCCGGUGACGGCUGCGAAUGUGCAUUUGAUGAGGCAGCUCGUCAUCAAUGGGCCGGACAAGCAUCCGGGCGCCGUAGCUGUGAGAGCUGAGGAUGGGACGGAGACCCUGCUCGGUCGCCUGACGCUUGAACAGCGCACAGCGUUGGCAAAUCAGCUGCUCACGCCGCAAGAGGGUCGACAAGCAAAGGGCGCCUUUGGCGGUCUGGGCGCAUCGACUCGCACUCUGGUCGCAAACAAACAAGUGCUCCGCCAUCUUCGCGACGGAGAUAUCCUCCUCCUGAAUCGUCAGCCCACACUCCAUAAGCCGUCCAUGAUGGCUCACCGCGCCAAGGUACUGACGGGAGAGCGCACAAUCCGCAUGCACUACGCCAACUGCAAUUCGUACAACGCCGACUUUGACGGAGACGAGAUGAACAUGCACUUCCCCCAGAGUCAGGCUGCACGCGCCGAGUGCUACAACAUUGCCAACACAGACAAUCAGUUCCUCGUGCCCACGAGCGGCAAGCCAUUGCGCGGUCUCAUUCAAGACCACGUCGUCGCUGCUGUGUGGAUGACGUCGAAGAACACGUUGCUCACGCGCGCCGAGUAUCAGCAGCUCCUCUAUGGCGCUCUGAGGACGGAGGACGACUACUUGCCAUACGACCGCAUCCAGACACUUCCCCCCGCUAUCCUUCGCCCGCAGCCGCGCUGGACAGGAAAGCAGGUCAUCUCGACGAUUCUUCUCAAUUUGAAGCCCGCAAACGCUGCAGGGCUGAACAUCAAGAGCAAGGCCAAGGUAGGCGGCAAGUACUGGGGCAAAGCGCACGCUCUUGAGCAGGAUGUCAUCAUCGAGGAUGGCGAGCUCCUCUCUGGUGUGUUCGACAAGAACCAGAUCGGUGCCUCUGCGUACGGAACGGUGCAUGCCGUCUUUGAGCUGUACGGCUCCGAGUCUGCUGGCAAGCUCCUCUCGAUCUUCUCGCGCCUCUUCACCAAGUGGCUGCAGCACUCUGCCUUCACCUGCCGCAUGGACGACCUCAUCCUCAGCAGCAAGGGAGACACAGAGCGACGCUCCCUGCUCAACGCAGGUAUGGGAGACGGUAAGACUGCGGCGCUGGACAAUGUCGGUCUCGGCGACAAGAGCAAGGACGACCCAGAUCUGGAGUACAAUCUGCGCAUCCGUCUCGAGGAGGUGCUGCGCGAUGAUUCCAAGAUGGCUGCCCUCGAUGCAGCCAUGAUGUCUGCCAGCAACAAGCUCGCAUCAAGCGUCAUCGACUCUUGCAUUCCGAACGGCCUAGCAAAGGUGUUCCCGGAGAACAACAUGCAGAUGAUGACCGUCUCAGGCGCCAAGGGCUCGCCAGUCAACGUCUCGCAGAUCUCGUGCCUACUGGGUGCUCAAGCGCUUGAGGGACGACGUGUGCCCACGAUGAUCUCAGGAAAGACUCUGCCGAGCUUCAAAGCUUUUGAUACCUCAAUGCGUGCCGGUGGGUUCAUAGAGGGUCGCUUCUUGACGGGAAUCAAGCCGCAGGAGUACUACUUCCACUGCAUGGCGGGACGUGAAGGACUGAUCGACACGGCCGUCAAGACGGCUUCCUCCGGAUACCUGCAGCGCUGUCUGAUCAAGCAUCUCGAAGGGUACAAGGUUGCGUACGACUCCUCGGUGCGCAACGCCGAUGGCUCGGUUCUGCAGUUCAACUACGGCGAAGACGGCUUGGACACAACCCGAUCCAAGUACCUGGACCAGUUUGAUUUCACGGCGCAGAACUUCACGACGUAUGUCAAUCGCUACAACCCGAAGCAGCUCGCCCAGGUGUUCAAGACGGAGGAUACCGAGGCGAUCAAGAAGCACUUGAAGAAGGCUCUCGCUAAGCCGCACAAGUACGCCCCGGUUAUGAGCCAAUGGAACCCUGCGCGCUACCUGGGAUCCAUGAGCGAGAGCUUUGCAAGGGACGUCGAGGCUUGGGUGGGCAAGAACGCGUCAGGCCUACUCAAGGAGUCGAAGAAGUCGAAGAACAAGCGCAAGCACGGCGACGAGGACGGUGCGGCAGCCGUCGCAUCCACAGCAGCCAAGCUGGCGUCCUCACGCCAGCCUCUCGACCCUGAACGCUUCAAGGCCCUCAUCUCUGUUCUCUACCUACGCGGCCUCGUCGACCCAGGCGAGUCGGUCGGUCUCCUUGCUGCUCAAGGAGUAGGCGAGCCUUCCACGCAGAUGACGCUCAAUACCUUCCACUUUGCCGGGCACGGUGCCGCAAACGUCACCCUUGGUAUCCCGCGUCUGCGAGAGAUUGUCAUGACCGCCUCGCAGAACAUUCGCACCCCGAUCAUGAAGCUUCCUGUGCUGGAUAGCAUCACGGACGAGCAGAUGCGCACCUUCUGCAAGGAUGGCUCGAGGCUACUGUUGAGCCAGGUGGUGGAGAAUGCAGUCGUCACCGAGAAGAUGAGCGGCAAGUCCCUUGAGACAGGCUGGAAGAGGCAGAAGACGUACGAGGUGCGCUUGAACCUUUUCCCCAUGGCUGAGUGUUCGGAGGAGUACAACGUCAAGCUGGAGGGCAUCUUUGCUGCGCUCGAGGCGACCUUUGUUCCCAUCUUGGAGCAAGAGAUCGUCAAAGAGUUGAAGAGGCUACGCAAGGAUCGGGUGCGCCAACAGGCCGCCAUUGGACGUGGCGAGACCUUCAAUGAUACGCCUGCGGCGCAGCAAGACGACGAGGCCGCCGCGGGCGACGGAGACGCUGCGCAAGGCAAGAAGGGUUCAGCCUCCGCAGCAUCAGCCAAAGCUCAAGCUUCCAACCGCGCAGCGCAAGACUCAGACUCGGACGACGAGCCCGAAGACGAGGACGAGGCGAACAAUGACGGUGACGCAGACGAUGCGAAGCGCAAACGCAAGGCUGGGGCUUUCGCUUCGUACGAGGACGUGGCGGACUCAGACGAUGAUGAGGGUCGACCUGAUACUGCUGAGAGCAUCGAGGCCGCUUUUGCCAACAGCGGCAAGGAGAACACCAAUGGCCACAGCAUGCGCGAUGGUGACGACUCCGACUCUGAGGAAGAAGGCGAUGCCAUGCCAACGGACAUUGCAGACCGAGUUGCCAAUCUUGAGGCUGGUCUCCAGGAAUCGAGCAAGUUCGUCACCUCCUUCCGUUUUGACUCCAAGAAGGGAAGCUGGGCGUCCCUUUCCCUCCAACUGGGCAGUAACGAGGACAAGCUCCUCUUGAUGAACGUCGUCGAGCGCGCUUGUCGACUCUCUGUCGUCCAUGAGAUCCCGCGCAUCUCUCGCAUCCUCAUCCCUCCUGCCGAGCCCGGCGUGACGGAGCGAAGCUUCACGGCAGAAGGUAUCAACUUGCGCGGCAUCUGGGACUUUGCACACGGCGUGGUGGACCUCGACCGACUGUACACCAACGACGUCGGUGCCCUCCUGCACACCUACGGAGUCGAGGCAGCUCGCGCUGCAAUCGUAGCCGAGAUGUCGGGCAUCUUCGGGACGUACGGUAUCGACGUCUCGAUGCGUCAUCUCUACCUCAUUGCCGACUAUCAGACCUGCGAUGGUGGAUUUAGGCCCUUCUCUCGUGGUGGUAUCGCCAACAACGAGAGCCCCUUGCUUAAGGCCAGCUUCGAGAUGACCAUGGCCUUCUUGGGACAGGCAGCUCUACAUGGCGAGAGCGAUGAGAUGAAUGGGCCUAGUGCUAAUCUCGUAGUAGGCAGGCCAGUGCCCGUGGGUACGGGCAGUAUGCAGGUCCGUUUGCCCCUCCCGCAAGCGGCAACUGCGCCUAUGCCUCAGGUGGCGGCUGCGGCGUAGAUGUAGGGGAUGAGUGUUCAUCGUGGUUGUGGAUUAUCGACGUGGCUCUGCAAUGGUACAAUUGUGACAAGAUCGAAUAGACGCCCCUCUAGAGCUUCCCUUUGCCCGCACCCGUCUCAUUCCAGCUUCUCUCCAGCACAUCCCCCUCCUGGCUAGCCUCCAGUGCCAUCUGCGGGCCAUCCUCAUUACUU